AUGUCCGACGGCAGUGGCUGUAGUGAAAUGCGACAGGUGUCCGUCAAGGACCUGAUACCAGAGAGUCGAUUGGCGGUCGUCGCUGGCGAUUUCUUCGUCUCGGAUCCUGUGGUUUACGAUGGCGAUGAUGUGUUCGAAGUGAACCUGACGCCCGACGACCGUGCCGGCCGACAAGCCCGUCUCCGGUUCUCCGACAUGGAGACGUGGAUGUUACCUGAUACCGAGUUUAUGUUUCUCAGGUGCAUCGCGGGCGCGGAUGCUAAUGAUGUUGAACAUUUUAUUGCGGAAAAAAGCCAUUGGUUAGGUGGAAAAAAUAUAUCUUUGAAUUUAGAUGUAAGCAAAACCAUAUUUAACAGGCAAACUAAAUUGGUGUUGCAUAAUACCAAACCGCUGCAGAAAACCUUAGACUACCAUAUUACAAAUGCAUCACAGCCGUUAAAAAAAACUAAUUUCAUACUUGAAGAUUGGCCUUACGUUAGUUUAAAUAAGCCAUUAAUACCAAAAGGAACUGACGAUGAACUCGCACCGUGGAUGAGAUCACGAAAUAAACAAUUUAACACUUGUCUUCCUGAAAAAUCGAAUAAAACGCCACAAUCAGCUUUUUCGACGCACGAUUAUGAUUUUUUGCACGGAUACUGGAAACUACAGCAAACACAGCAACAGAAGCAACACCAGCAACCACAUCAACUGUACCAACAACAACAACAACACCUUCACAAAUUAUAUCAACAACAACGACAGCAACACCAAUACCAACAGCAACUCCAACACCAACAACGACAGCAACACCUGCAACACCAUUUACAGCAUAGGGCAGUUUUUUACCCACCGCCAUCAUCCCGCCAACAAGUGUUUAUGUAUGGUCAGCAGCCGAUGAUCGGACCAUACUUGUCCAAUAUCGCUUUCCAAGGAUGGCCGGGUAACUUUUACCAGCGAUUAUCUACCCCAUUUCUACUGGCGACACAUUAUCAUCAGGACCCGCACAACAACGAUUCGUCGUCAGCAACUACUACCCAACAUUAA